CCGGCCGGGGAGACAACGGGCGCUCGGAGGUCCGGUCAGCACCAGGAACAGCUCCGAGCAGCGAGAGAGCGGCCAUGGACCGCAGCGGAAUCCCAGCCGAUGUACAGGAUGGGAUCCGCCAAUUCUUUGCCCCGGACCGGGUGACCCUGCGCCGAGUGAAGCUGGAGGUGAAGACUGGCAGACUGGAAGACAGGGUGAUGGUGCUGACUCGCUGGCGAAUGUGUCUCUUCUGCCUCCGGGUUCCUGUGAAGAUCGAGAAUUCCUUCAACUUCCUCGAAAUACAGAACCUCACUCCAUUGAAUGUGGAUCAGCUGGCUGUCGAUACUGGGAAGGGCUCGUUCUCCCUGUGUUUCGAGAGUGCACACCACCUCAACCAGCUGGUGGAUCACAUCAACUGCGCCCUGAGCAAGAUCUUCCCGGCAUCCCCUUCGCUCCUAGGCCGGGAUGUCUCCCCGGACUCCCCCUGCCAGACCGGGACUUCGGAAACCUUCACCACCCAGACACCAGGAUGCUGUGGAGGAUUCUCGGAAACAUACGCAGCCCUCUGUGAUUACAACGGCGUGCCGUGUCGUGAAGAGGUGCAAUGGGACGUCGACACCAUUUACCACUCCCAAGACAGUCGACAAUUUAACAUCCUGGACUUCAGCCACUUACCGUCUCGGGACCUGGCGCUGAUCGUAGCUGCCCUUGCUUACAACCAGUGGUUCAACAAGCUCCACUCUCGCGACUUCAAGCUGGGCGCGGAGGUGAUAGACCAGGUGAUCCACACCAUGAGCCGUUCCUUCUCCAUCGAGGAGCUGGACAUGGAGAACACGGGAUUGAGAGGGGACUUCGCCCAGCGCCUGGCGUAUGCUCUCAUGGACAACCCGUCCUCUGCGCUGACCGCGAUCAGCCUGGCCUGCAAUCCGUUGGAAGACAAAGGCAUCACCGCCUUCAGUCAAUACCUGUCGCUGUCUGGGAGGGGUCUGAGAUUCCUGAACCUGUCCAACACGUCUCUGACCUCACGAGGUCUGCUCCCACUUGCCCAGUCAUUGAACAACAAUGAAGUCUUUGCCAACACACUGACACAUCUGGACCUCAGUAAGAAUGCUGGACUGCUGUCAGGAGAGGAGUCACCGCACCUGUACCAGUUCCUCGCCACUCCGAAUGUCCUCGUUGAUCUCAAUCUUGCGGGAACAGACUGUGCUCUUGAUAUGCUCUUUGCGUCUCUCUCUCAUGGUUGCUGUUCUCAAUUGAGUUCGCUGAAUGUCUCCCAGAAUACGUUCACACACAGGAAGUGCCGGAGUGCUCCUCCUUCCUUCAAGAUCUUCUUCUCCUCUGCCCUCUCGCUCCGCCGACUCAACUUCUCGGGGACAAAACUCCCGGCCGAGGCCCUCAGGGCCCUCCUCCUCGGUUUGGCCUCCAACCCUCUGCUGAUGGACCUCAGCCUGGACCUGAGCAGCUGUGAGCUGAGGUCGAGUGGCGCCCGUGUUCUGGAGGAGACCGUGAGCCGCGUCCGCGGACUGAAUGGGAUCGACCUGUCUGAUAACGGGCUGGACUCUGACCUGCUGACCUUGCUCCCCACCCUUGGUCUGUGUCCCUCCGUCAGGAACCUCUCCCUCGGGAAGAACUUCAACGUCAAGAGCAAGACCCUCGAGGAGAUCCUCCAGACCCUGGUCCAAGUUUUCCAAGCGGAAGGCUGUAGGAUUCGGUCCCUCUCCCUGGCCCACUCGAGGCUACGCUCCCGGGGCAGCCUCCUCCUCAACGCUCUGGGCAGCAACGCCUGCCUCCGCGAGCUCGACAUCACCGGCAACGGGCUGGGGGACCUCGGUGCCAGGAUGCUGGGCAAAGCCCUGCAGGUCAACAGCAGCCUCCGGAGCAUCAGCUGGGACCGGAACAACACCACAGCGGCCGGUUUCCUAGAGGUAGCCCGUGCCCUGGAGAGUAACUUCACCCUGAGGGAGAUGCCGAUUCCAUCAGUGACGUCUCCCACUCCCACCGCACCAAUCCCACACAUACCGAGGAGGCGAUUCAGAAGAUGAUGGAGCGACUGUGUGUGAAGGUGAAUGCGGAUCUCUG